AGAUCAAUCAAAAGCAGUUCUACUUUCGAACGAGAACAACCUAAACAAUUUGUUUGUUUCCUGAUCCUCAAAACGUGCAUCUCACCAUGAAGUGUGUAACGAUCAUCUGUACCAUCGUCGUCGUCGUCCUGGCGGCACUGUUGAAUAACAGCGUUCAGGCAGCCCCCGAGGAACAACUUGCCGCUCACAGUGCCUCGUUGAAUACUCUCCUGGACGAACUGCCCGAAGAAACGCACCAUGCCGCACUCGAGAACUAUCGGGCCAAACGGGCAACCUGUGAUCUGGCCAGUGGAUUCGGUGUCGGCAGCAGCCUUUGUGCCGCUCACUGCAUUGCUCGUCGCUAUCGUGGCGGGUACUGCAACAGCAAGGCUGUCUGCGUUUGCCGCAACUAACUCCGGAGAGGAGGAGAAAACCCACGGGACACUAAAACGGUUUCAAGUUCCUUGCACAAGUGCAUCCAGGGUGGAUCACCAAAUAUUUCCAUAGCAAUUAAAAUUGAAGUUUGAAUUUUGGAAAAAAAUAAAAACGUUCCAAACAUGUUCCAUCAGCAUAA